CCUCGCGAGAGCGGCUCGUGAGGGCAGUAGCGGAAGCUCUCCCGGACACUCCUACUGAGGAGGAAGAAGGCUUCGCAGGGGGGAAGAAGAGGGGGCCGCUCGGAGCGGAACCCUGGCGGGCUUGCGGGCGGAUUGGCCCUCGCUGACUCCCCCUGCCUAUGCGAAAGACGGAGCCAGAAGUUGAGCAGGAAGGGCAGCGCGGACGAGAGGGAAGGCUGGACCGGGAGCCCCCGGAGAAGCUUCAGGGAGAACUCCGUUCCUAUCCGCCUUCAUCAUCAUUGCUGUCCACGAGCAUGGAAGCCGUCGCCAAAUACGAUUUCAAAGCCACCGCAGACGAUGAGCUCAGCUUCAAACGGGGGGAUAUCCUUAAGGUUUUGAACGAAGAAUGUGAUCAAAAUUGGUACAAGGCGGAACUCAAUGGCAAAGAUGGCUUCAUUCCCAAAAAUUAUAUUGAAAUGAAACCACAUCCGUGGUUUUUUGGGAAGAUCCCCCGAGCAAAAGCUGAGGAGAUGUUGGGCAAACAGAGACAUGAUGGUGCCUUCCUCAUAAGAGAGAGUGAGAGUGCUCCCGGGGACUUUUCUCUCUCCGUCAAAUUUGGAAAUGAUGUGCAGCACUUCAAGGUGCUUCGAGAUGGGGCUGGCAAGUAUUUCCUCUGGGUGGUAAAGUUCAAUUCUCUGAAUGAGUUGGUAGACUAUCACAGAUCGACCUCUGUCUCCAGGAAUCAGCAGAUAUUUCUUCGAGACAUUGAGCAGGUGCCUCAGCAACCCACAUAUGUUCAGGCUCUCUUUGAUUUUGACCCUCAAGAGGAAGGUGAGCUGGGCUUUCGCCGUGGAGACUUUAUCCGGGUCCUUGACAAUUCCGAUCCCAACUGGUGGAAGGGAGCCUGCCACGACCAAACAGGCAUGUUUCCACGCAACUACGUGACCCCAGUGAACCGGAACAUCUAGAGCAAAUUAUUAAAGAUUAUUUAAGGAAACAGGAGAAGCAGUACACAUUCAGAAUCUAAGUGCAGCCAGUGAUCUCCAGUCAUCAGGCCAUAAAUCUGAGUCACCUCUCUGCCGGAGAGGGAACACUUUAUUCCCCCCACUCAGUAUGGAACUUUGUGGGGAGGGGACAGGAGAAGGGUCCAACUUGCGCGCCAAAACUUACCUUUUAAAUUAAAUAGAUAUUAACAGAUUUCUUCGGUUACUUCCGGGUGGCCCCUUUCGUUCGCUUGUCCUUUCUCCCCCAACGCUGACACACCAGUUCAUCAGUGCAUGAAGUUUUAAUGCUAUAUGACGUCCAUGCCAUGCCACUCAAGGAAGAUAAGAGGGAGAAGCUCUGCUGGUGUUUGCUACUUAUGCAAACGGCCUUCAUGAAGGGACCGAGAAAGGAACCAAAUCCACUACCCAGUUUAAAAGCAAAACACACACAUGCCAUAUGCCAACUUUACUUUUGCCUUCAGUAUUUUGCCUGGGUAAGAUAGGGUCUUAAUUCCGCCUACAUACCCUCCCAUCUGAAAACCCAGCUGCUUCAGAGCAAAGGGAAGAAGGUGGGGCUUUUACCACCACAGGUUGCAGGCUGUCGUGACAAAUUCUCUGCUACAGCUAGAUCAUGCUCUCAUUAACCAUGACAGCUUUUAAAAUUUGUUUAAGUGUGUGGUUGAGCACAUUCUUCUAUUUUUCCAUUAGUGCCUUUCCCUCAUUUCCUUAUUCUUUUUUAAGUUAAAAGGACAGUCCAGAGCUUUCAGAUUUCCCCCCCUGCUUUUAUGUAAAUAUUUAAGGGGUUGAAUGGGAGGGAUGUAGCUUUAUUAUUAAAUACGAAGCCUUCCAUAAACCAGAUGGAGCUUUAAAAUGUGUAUAAGCACCUGAUAUUCUUUAUUACCAGGUGGGAAAAGACAUAAAGUGUUCUACAAGAGGCAGGGCUAGGACCUGCAGCCAGGGGCCCUUGAGAGAAAAGAGAGAUUGCACCAUUAUGAAGAAUGUGGCAUGUUGUAUGACGCUGCCAUGUGGUGGAGACUGAAUAUUCUGGGAUGUCCUGUGAAACUGUCAUUUCCCCCAAAAAAUAUUACAGGGAGGCAUCAAGAAAUUGUGCUUAAUUACACAUUGGGUGCUUUCCAAGUAUAUAAUUAAAGAUGAUGCUUAGUGAUAAGCAGUUCAGUUCCCCUUUAUAAACACACAUGCUAUAUAUAUAUAUAUGAGAGAGACUGGGUCUCGAUUAGAGUCGUUGACUUGUUCUCGAAAAGAGGAAUCUGGUAUCUUCAUGCUUCAGAUUUUCCCUGUCUCCACAUGCCAGUGUUACAUAGUUGGAGGAGUUGUGUUUCUUCCAACUUACAGCAGGCUGUUGGGGGUUGUAUUUCAAUCUUGCGCCCCCAGAUAAGAUUCACUAAAGCCAUUCAUAGCUUUAUGAAUGGACUUGGACAGGGAAGAGCAACCUGCAGAGCUCUUUGUGCCAAUACACACCUUAUUUCCUUUUGCUGAGCCACAUGGCUGAAACUUUCAUCCCAACAACAGAUCCCAAAGCUACCACAGAUAUCUUCUUUUCCGCCCAAAUGGGGAAAAUUCCUGUGUUGGCAGGUGCCUUUUUAUACUAAGUGUUACAAGUGUGUUAUUCCUGAGAUGGACUCUGCCUUACACUUCCAUUUCUCCCAGCAGAUGAAAGAAAAAGCUACCCUGUAGCGUAUUGAUUUCUCACCCAUUCCUUGCUAGCUGACUUUUUCUUUCCCUCUCCCCCAUACUUUCUUCUUUCUGAAAUGAUUGGAAAAGGAAUCUAUGGCAUUCUACACUUGGACCAUUUGAUUGUUUUCUUAUUUUGGAAUCGGUGUAUAUCAUGCAGCCUUGCAGACAUAAUGUCUUGUGUGUAUAUAUAUAUUAAAAAAAAAAUCAGUGUUUAAAUAAAAAAAGGCCUAUGUACUUAAACCUUUAACUCAGCAGCAGCAUUUGGUAGUUAGUAAUUAACUGUGAAUAAUAAAUAUACAACAAAUUCUUCACUUGAA